GGGUUCAAAUGAAGAUCAUAUUAUUCCUAAUCCAGAGAUCUCCACCCUCAAGAAAAGAAGAGUAAGAAAAGGAGAAGACUGAACAGAACAGAGCUGAAUAGCAAAGUAGAUAAUAAAAUACAUGACUUAAGAGUAUUUAGGGAAUACUGUGAAAUAAUGUGUUAACUCAUGUUCUUCACAAACCAAACCAAAACAAACCUAAUUGCUGUAGUGUCAAUUCUGACUCAUGAGGACCCCAUGCGUUUCAGAGUAGAGCUGUGUUCCAUAGCAUUUUCAGUGGUUGUGAUCUUUCAGAAGUAGACUGCCAGGUCCUUUUCCCCAGGUUCCUCUGGUGGGAUUCGAACCUCCCGCCUUUCAGGUAAUAGCUGAGGGCUUAACUGUUUAGAGAAACACAAUCCCAUGUUCUUCAUAAGAGAAAUUAAAUUGUCUUCUUGUAUUUGAACAGGUGAAAGACUAUGGGAAGAUUCAACACUAGUUACCGAGAUGGCUUCAUUUUGGUGGGCUUCUCAGAUUGGCCUCAACUGGAACUUGCCCUUUUUGUCUUUAUUUCAAUUUUCUACUCUCUAACUCUCUUUGGCAAUACUACCAUCAUAGCUCUUUCCUGCCUGGAUCAUCGGUUGCACACACCCAUGUACUUUUUCCUCUGCCAUCUCUCCUUCCUUGACCUCUGCUACACUACCAACAUUGUUCCUCAGCUUCUGAUCAACCUUCAUGGAUCUGACCAGACCAUCACCUAUGGAGGGUGUAUGGCCCAGCUCUUUAUCUUCCUUGCUGUGGGCUCCACUGAAUCUGUACUCCUGGUGGUAAUGGCCUUUGACCGCUAUGCUGCUGUCUGUCGACCGCUCCACUACACGACCAUUAUGCACCCCUCUUUCUGCCAGACACUGGCUCUCAUCUCCUGGGCAGGAGGGUUCAUGAACUCUGUGGUUCAGACAGGCCUCAUGAUGGCCAUGCCGCUCUGUGGCCCCCAUCACCUGAACCACUUCUUCUGUGAGAUGCCUGUGCUACUGAAGCUGGCUUGUGAGGACCCACAUGGCACAGAGGUCAAGAUGUUUGUGGCCAGAGUCAUCAUUGUGGUGUUUCCUGCAGCACUAAUUCUAGGCUCUUACGUACACAUUGCUCAGGCAAUGCUGAGGGUCAGAUCAAUUGCUGGACACAGAAAGGCUUUUGGGACUUGUGGGUCCCACCUCUUGGUUGUUUCCCUUUUUUAUGGCUCAGCCAUGUACACAUACCUCCAACCCACACAUAGUUAUUCUCAGAGUGAGGGAAAGUUUGUUGCCCUUUUUUAUACUAUAAUUACCCCCAUGCUUAAUCCUCUGAUUUAUACCCUAAGGAACAAGGAUGUGAAGGGGGCCCUGAGGAAGGCACUAUGGAAAGACAGAGGCUCACGGUAGGAGGGAGAAAGGAGGACCAAUACAAUUCUCUGUAAUAGCUCUCAGGUCGUGGAGCAACAUCCUGUUCCUGGUAGAGCAAUUGGUGAGUAGAAAAUAGUCCUUGGUAGGCCUCAGGAUUUUAGCACCUUAUCUGCCUUGCUUGGGAGUUGGAAGUGGGGAUCUUUUGGUGCUCUUUCUAGUUCAAUGUCUUUGAUCAUUUUACAAGAGGGAGCAAGUGUUGAUAUAUAUAUAUCUCAACUUUCCAAAGAAAUGAAGUUGGGAAGGGGAUAUUGUGGACAUUUUGGAGAGAAGCUGGGUUCUAGACAAGCCUGAGAGUGAGAAAAGACUUACUUCAAAAUGACAGCACCUUUUCUAAGGUCAGUGAUUCCCAGCAUGGUGUCAUGUAAAUAAAUGUGCCCAAAGGCUGAGGACAAGAGUUCACUCCUGCUCUUCUACAAAUUACCUGUGGCCCUGACCAUGUUCCCUCACUUCUUAGGGCCCAUUCUGAAGGUCUCUUACAUAACCACUUUAUGAUACUUAGAGCAAAUAAAGAGAUCAUAAACAGAGGUACUUACAUGGAGCACGUAGAGUCUGAGACAUGGAUGUCAUUUACCUACUUGAAGAAAAAAGUAAAAUUAUU